ACAAAGGAGUCGGCCAUUUUAUUGCUUUCUUCUAAUGCUAAGAGCAUUUGCCUAGAGUUGUUAGUUCAGUAUUUGUUGAACUACAGUUUAUAAUAUUAUGAAUAACAUUGUACAAAAUCGUAUACGUAUUUAGAGUAAAUCCAUAAAUAGUUUUAUGUGUUGAGUUCUGAAGAAAAUGGACGAUCCGAAUAGAAUGAUGGCGCAUAGCGGUGGUCUGAUGGGGCCACAGGGCUACGGACUCCCGGGAGGUGAAGGUACUCCUGCAGCGGGAGAAGGAGAGGCACGUAAACAAGAUAUUGGUGAAAUUCUCCAGCAAAUUAUGAACAUAACAGAUCAGAGUCUCGAUGAAGCCCAAGCAAGAAAACACACAUUGAAUUGUCACAGAAUGAAGCCUGCCCUAUUUUCUGUACUGUGUGAAAUCAAAGAGAAAACUGUGCUGUCUCUUCGCAACACGCAAGAAGAGGAGCCCCCAGAUCCACAGCUGAUGCGCUUGGACAAUAUGCUGAUUGCUGAGGGUGUUGCAGGUCCAGAGAAGGGAGGUGGUGCUGGUGCGGCUGCAUCUGCAUCGGCUGCUGCUGGUGAAUGGGAUAACGCGAUCGAGCACUCGGACUACCGCGCGAAGCUCGCGCAGAUCCGCCAGAUCUACCACCAGGAACUGGACAAGUACGAGAAUGCAUGCAACGAGUUCACCACCCACGUCAUGAACCUUCUACGCGAGCAGAGUCGCACCAGGCCUAUCACACCAAAGGAAAUAGAGCGCAUGGUCCAAAUCAUCCAUAAAAAAUUCAGCUCCAUUCAAAUGCAGUUGAAACAAUCGACCUGCGAGGCCGUCAUGAUCUUGCGUUCUCGUUUCCUGGACGCGCGCAGAAAGCGGCGCAACUUCAGCAAGCAGGCGUCGGAGAUCCUGAACGAGUACUUCUAUUCGCACCUGUCCAAUCCGUACCCGAGCGAGGAGGCCAAGGAGGAGCUGGCACGCAAGUGCGGCAUCACCGUCUCGCAGGUGUCCAAUUGGUUCGGCAACAAGCGUAUCCGCUACAAGAAGAACAUCGGUAAGGCACAGGAGGAGGCCAACCUGUACGCCGCGAAGAAGGCCGCCGACCUGCCCUGGCUGGGCGCGGGCAGGCGCGAUGCUAACUCCCCUCCCAGAGCCACUUCAUAUUACACUGCAGGCGCGUCGCCGUACUCGAUGGGCGCGGCGUCGGGCACGGCGACCCCCAUGAUGUCCCCCGCGCCCACGCAGGACUCCAUGGGCUACUCGCUGCCCGCGCCCCCCUACGACCAGCCCCAGCCCAGCUACGACGGCUCCAUGGGCUACGACCACAUGCACCAAGACCUCUCGCCCUAGACUACACACCCACACCUCAGGUAGCGGGGGUAUGAUACGAUUGUGCAGCUUCCACUGAAUUGCCAUUUACAUUAUCAUAGUACGUAUAUGUAUAAGUACAUAGCCGGUGGGGACCGUGGCGGCGUGGGCCGGCGCGCCUCCUAUUGCCUUAGGACGUAGGACAUUGUAUACUAUUACGAUAACACAUAAUUCUAUUUAACGUAUUUUUGGAAGGACAUGUAAUGAAAUGUAUUUUAUUUGUAUUAUGAUGAUCGAUUUAUAUGACUGUACCCCAGUAUUUAUUUAAUGUUUGAUAUAUGUUUUUAGUCGUAGUAUCUUGCGAGGAUUAUGUUCUUAAACGCGGCAGUUAUUUUAAGUAUUGAUAUAAUUGUAUUCGAGCCAGUGAAACAUUUGAAUUGUUUGUAUUUUUUUUUUACCUUUUUUUUUGUAAUGUAAUCAUUGGGCAGUAUUAAUAAUUUAUAAAAGUAAUCACAUCGAUUUGGCUGGGAUCUCGGUUUUUAUACGUUGACUAAUUAAUUCUCUAUUAUAUAUACGGUGGAUUUAGAUAUACGAUAGACGUAAGUUACACUAGUUUAAUAUUAAAUGUAAGAAUUCAGAUAUUUUGUGCUAAUUAGUAUCCAGUAUGCGUGUAUGUUUUUAGUGUUCUCGGCGACAUAAACUGAUGCUUUUUUCUAAUUAUAUUAUUAACAUUUACUAUAAAAAUCAAGAUACAUUUUGUAAGAAAACUGUGAAGUUAUUGAGAGCAUAUCUGAAACAAAUUCUUUUGAUAGUUUGUAAUGAAUUGAUACACAUCUGUCAGUACGAAAUACGGAAUAGCUCUUAUGCCUUGCGUGUUAUAGCGUGCGUGCGUAUACGGACACGUUUACGUUGAUGUCGCUCACGUUCUAUUUCUCUCUCUAACAAAAAGCACUCCAAAGUUAUGAUAGAAAAGGAUAGAGCAUGCGAUUUCGUGCUGAUAGGUGAUGGACCAUCGUUAUCAUCACAGAUUGCAGAUUACCCCGGCAGUUUAUGGGCGCGAAGCAGGCGGGCACGUGACAUGAUUGUGUGCAAUUCAUAUUUUAUUAGUGAUGGUUGUGUUAGUGUAUACGCACACGAGCGGGCGUACAGAGGGGAGAACAGAUUUCUAUAUUGAAAACUUUAUUUUUUUUAACCCUCUAAAUAUUUUGUUUUUUCGAGGUGCUGUAAUGUCGAUAGCACAAAUUUCUUUUAGCCAUAAAUUUUAAGAGUGUUUACAAUAUUUUCGUCGUUCUGAUUGUUCCAAGCAAAAUGGAGAGCCACUUGUUUUAACUUUAUUUCCACUUAGCGAUAGUUUGAAUUGGAUAAUUUCCUUAGCUUUAAGUUAAUGUGUUCUAAAACAAAAUAUCUGAGGCGGUAUACGAAAUUCUAACGAAAAAAUUUAAUAAUUGAAAAUGUUUUUAAAUUUUGCUGUGGAAAAUUGGUAAUGUAACACGUCGCUGAAUUAACGCUUUAAUCUCGACACGUGUAUACUACAGAUUAUAUAUUAUGAACCGUUUUAGAAUAGACUUAAGUAAUAAAUUCAUAUGCAUCAGCGGCGUGGACUUCAUGUAUACGACGACGAGUUCAAUGUUAUUGACCAUCAACAAUGACUAAAUACAUUUUUGUGUAGUU